CCUGGUCAGCUACGCCAGCCUGGUGGCCACCAAUGCAGCGCGGCUUCGCUUGAUCGCAGGGCCAGAGAAGCGGCUGCUAGAGAUGGGCCUGAGGCGGGCUCAGGGCCCGGAUGGGGGCCUGACAGCCUCCACCUACAGCUACCUGGGCGGCUUCGACAGCAGCAGCAACGUGCUAGCGGGCCAGCUCCGAGGUGUGCCGGUGGCGGGGACCCUGGCCCACUCCUUCGUCACUUCCUUUUCGGGCAGUGAGGUGCCCCCUGACCCGAUGUUGGCGCCGGCAGCUGGUGAGGGCCCUGGGGUGGACCUGGCGGCCAAAGCCCAGGUGUGGCUGGAGCACGUGUGUGCCCACCUGGGGCUGGGGGUGCAGGAGCCACACCCAGGUGAGCGGGCAGCCUUUGUGGCCUAUGCCUUGGCCUUUCCCCGGGCCUUCCAGGGCCUCCUGGACUCCUACAGCGUGCGGAGGAGUGGUCUCCCCAACUUCCUAGCAGUCGCCCUGGCCCUGGGAGAGCUGGGCUACCGGGCAGUGGGUGUGAGGCUGGACAGUGGUGACCUGCUACAGCAGGCCCAGGAGAUCCGCAAGGUGUUCCGAGCUGCUGCAGCCCAGUUCCAGGUGCCCUGGCUGGAGUCAGUCCCCAUUGCAGUCAGCAACAACAUUGAUGAGGAGGCGCUGGCCCGACUGGCCCAGGAGGGCAGUGAGGUGAAUGUCAUUGGCAUUGGCACCAGUGUGGUCACCUGCCCCCAACAGCCUUCCCUGGGCUGCGUCUAUAAGCUGGUGGCCGUGGGGGGCCAGCCACGAAUGAAGCUGACCGAAGACCCCGAGAAGCAGACGUUACCUGGGAGCAAGGCUGCUUUCCGGCUCCUGGGCUCUGACGGGUCUCUACUUAUGGACGUGCUGCAGUUAGCAGAGGAGCCAGCGCCACAGGCUGGGCAGGAGCUGAGGGUGUGGCCUCCAGGGGCCCAGGAGCCCUGCACCGUGAGGCCAGCCCAGGUGGAGCCACUACUGCGGCUCUGCCUCCAGCAAGGACAGCUAUGUGAGCCGCUCCCAUCCCUGGCAGAGUCUAGAGCCUUGGUCCAGCUGUCCCUGAGCCAACUCAGCCCUCAGCACAGGCGGCUGCAGAGCCCUGCACAGUACCAGGUGGUGCUGUCUGAGAGGCUGCAGGCCCUGGUGAACAGUCUGCAUGCAAGGGCGUCCCCCUGA